UCUCGCCCACACACGCGCCGCCGGGGCCGCAGGACGAAGAUGGCGACCGCCAUGUACUUGGAGCACUACCUGGACAGUAUUGAAAAUCUUCCAUGUGAACUUCAAAGGAAUUUCCAGCUGAUGCGUGAACUGGAUCAGAGAACAGAAGACAAGAAAGCGGAGAUCGACAUCCUGGCAGCUGAGUACAUCUCCACGGUGAGGAACCUGUCUCCUGCGCAGCGUGUGGAGCACCUGCAGAAGAUCCAGAGCGCGUACAGUAAAUGUAAGGAGUACAGUGACGACAAGGUGCAGCUGGCCAUGCAGACCUACGAGAUGGUGGACAAACACAUUCGCCGCCUGGACGCGGAUCUCGCACGCUUUGAAGCUGAUCUGAAGGAGAAGAUGGAAGGCAGUGAUCUGGAGAGUUCGGGAGGAAGAGGCCUGAAAAAGGGCCGGGGCCAGAAGGAGAAAAGAGGCUCCCGGGGUCGCGGGAGGCGCACAUCGGAGGAGGACACUCCAAAGAAGAAGAAACUGAAAGGCGGGUCGGAGUUUGCCGAAACCAUCCUCUCGGUGCACCCCUCAGACGUCCUGGACAUGCCUGUGGACCCCAAUGAACCCACCUACUGCCUCUGCCACCAGGUGUCCUAUGGAGAGAUGAUUGGCUGUGACAACCCGGAUUGUCCCAUUGAGUGGUUUCACUUUGCUUGUGUGGAUCUCACCACGAAGCCCAAAGGAAAAUGGUUCUGUCCUCGCUGCGUUCAGGAGAAGAGGAAGAAGAAAGCUGUAUCCAAGGGGUUCAGAUGAUCGAAGACGACGUGUAGAUUCCUGUAAUUCUGCCGCAGCUCGGCAAGGAGCUGUUGGCCCGGCUGGGGGAGACUUCUUACUGAUCGGCGUUCACCACAAGCCCAUCGUGAUGAUCCUUUGAGUGAGAUUGUAAAUGAGCACUUCCGUGUCUGGACAUUUGUUCUGCUACUUUUGAGAUGCCUAGAAAGACAGACGGGGUUGGAAUUCUGGUAAUACUCUGAGCACCCCAGAAACCCUUAGCAUGGAGCCAGAGGGGUUAAAAAGGAAAUAGAAGAGGAGGGAAGGAAAAAAUGCUUUCUUCUUAGAAUCUGGUCGGUCUGAUUGAGGACUGGAAUUCUAACGAAGAAGGAGGGUCCCUCGGAAACACGCCGUUGAGGUGCGUUCACUGCUGUCACCUGUGAUUCUCCCUCUCGAAGGGGCUGGGCCACGAGGGAAGCCAGGAGCACUGCCGGCCUUGUCACCUAGUUCAUUUUUAGUGAGUGAGGGUGGCGAGAACCUCAGACACAAAGAUACUAUUAAUCAUUGGCAGAGUGAAUCUGAUUCUCCUGAGAGUUCUCCCAUUCUCCCGCAUCCAGGCUACCUUCUGUUUGAGGCCUUUGUGUUUCUGACAGAAAGUCAUGCCAAGGAUUGUGGUGUUUAAGUCAUUGAAUCGUGGUGUUUACACUCUGACUUUUUGUCCAGGCUUUAGGUUUGAGCCUUGAGCAUUUUCAGUUCUUGGAAAAGAGGGAUCAGGCAGCUGCUCCCCCCUCCCUCUCCUGCAGGGUCAGAUCUGUGUUUGGAACCCACUGCUCUGGGCUCUUGGGGAGUGGCCUGGGCAAAGGCCUGCGUGGCCGUCCUUCCCUUCUGGCCCAGGGCAGGCAGCCACUUACUCUGUUCUGUGAUUCAUUGAAUGCUUCAUCUACUCUAGUCAGUUGCUGUGCUGUUGAAAAGCAGGGAAAAAAGUAGUAGAAAUUAUGGGGAAAAUAUUUUUCUAGAUUUUCUUCCCAGUAUGUAUGGUGAAAUCUGUAAGUACAGUAAAUUUGCAGUAAAAGAAUUUCUGCUGAUUUCUUAGUAGCCAGUUAAAUAGUGUACUUCUUUGGUCUUUGACCACAUGGUAGACAGUGUUUUGCUUAUUAGUGUAGGGUUUUGGGGACUUAGUAAUCAGCAUCUGGGGGCUUGUGAUCUCACGAGAAAGCAGUUCUCAUUGUCCCGUUCUGGGGAGGCUCUCUGCCUCGAGGAUUCUGCUUUGCAUCGUCACCAAAAUGUGAGGCAAACAACUUUGGAGCAAACGGACAGAGAGUGGAAGAGAAAAGGCCCCUCAGUAGUCUCUGAACUAGAGCGGGUGUGUCUGUCUGACCAGUCUGAUGGGGUAGAUGAUCCCAUCCCUGGGGUGGGCCUGCACCUGCAGGAUUCUCCCCAUCCCUCCUAGUCCUCUAAGGUUAGACCUAGCCCGGUUUUAGGGGGCGGGGCUCCCAGGCCAGUUCUGCCUGUCCCUAAAGUCUGUCUCCUGUAGGCUGGGAAGAGCCUUGGUCUCCUUGGUCUGCUGCAGUCCAGGGCUGCUUUUGAAGGUUGGGGCUGGACUGUGAAUGGUUUGAGGACGGAGGCUGGGUCUUAGGCAAGCUUUGGAUCUCCCCCGGCACAGUCCCCUGCACAUGCUUAGUGCUAAAUAACUGUUUGUUGAUUGAAAUGAAUGCAUUUUGAAUGUCCCAGACUAUUUAAUCCCACAGUUUAUGACACUGUAUAUGAGCCAGGUAUAAUGUAUUAUCCAUAUUUUUUUGUGCUUAUUUGCAAGUAAAAACUAUAGUCUAUUCAGAAGAAAAGUCAGAACAUUUCAGGAGUUGAUUUUCCCUUCCUUGAUGCUUAGAUUAUUAGAGUUAACACUUUUAGAACAAUUCUUCUGUUGUCUACUGGGAGAAAACAUGCUGCAUUUUAAAAACCAAGCAUUUGUUUCAUCGAGUCCCAUAAACCUGUGUUUGUCUGUAGUGGAAUUGCUGGCUGGAGCAAGCCCCUUAGAAACUGACCCCUUGGAGGCAGCUUAGGAGCUCCUGAAUCCAGAAAUGCAAAGCUGGGCCUCCUUCACGCCGCUUGCGGUUCCAGCUGUGGGCGGGCGGGCCAGUGCGAGGAGGGGGGAAGGUUGGGGGGGAAAACAGUCUCCCAGCAAGUGCCCAAGAGGCUUCUCUCUCCUAGAAAAAAGGGACCAUUACUAGUCAGUCACAGGCUCAGACUUCAUUGUUUUGUUCUUUCUCUGUGACCUCUCAGAGCGUAUCAUGUCGUCAGCACAGGAGCAGGGCCGGCUUUAAUGCCGGCCAGAGAGCAGCUUUCUCUGCUCCACGGAGGGUGGGGAUGGGGAGUGGGCAGGGACUCCGUUUUUUCUCUUUCCUUUUAAGCAAAAUGAAGAAUUUUAAUUCUGGGCAUUGGAAAGUUUCAUGGUUUCCUAGGUUUUUAGUGUUCCAGGGUUUGCAGUUUGAUCACCUUUGCGAAAAGGAUUGAAAAACUGGGGAAAUCUAAGAUGGUUCUAAUUCACUCAAGGUUACAAAGAUGUUUUUUCCACAUCCAUGUGUAUUUCGUGUCUUCAGCUUUACCACAUUUCAUCCAAAAAAGAUGAUGAUGCAGCUUUAACAUGAAUGUUACAUUUUAUUUUCAAAGGAAAUAUGUUCCCUUUGUAAAUGGAAGAGAAUAUUGUAAAUCUUUUUAUUAAAAAUAAUGUAAAGUAAAGAUGUAUAUCUGUAUUUUUGGAUCAUGUUAUAGAU